AUGGCAAUGGAAACACUAAGUGCAGCAAACACAAGCUUUGCUGUUGAUUUUUUCAAGCAUUUGUGCAAGACUCAAACCAACACAAAUGUACUGUUUUCACCAUGGAGUAUUUCAUCAGUUAUGGCUGCUCUCUACUUUGGGGCUAAAGGCCACACUGCAGAGCAAAUCGCAAAGGUGUUUCAUUUUAAUAAAGCUGGAAGAACUGAGAUUGCCUAUCCUCUGAGGCACCCACGAGUAUAUUCCAAAAUGGAGGAGCUUUUGAAAAACCCAUGCAUCUCCCUUACAAAGCCUUCCCCUGAAAUACAAAGUAACAUCCAUUCAAGAUUCCAAGCCCUAAAUCAAGAAAUCAACAAAUCCACCAAAAAUGUUCUGCUAAGUAAUGUCAAUCAAAUAUAUGGGGAUAAAUCAGUGUCUUUUCAAAGAGACUUCUCAGAAUCAAUGAAGAAAUAUUAUAAAGUUGAGCCACGAACAGUAAACUUUCAAGAAACUGCAGACGAUGCAAGAAAGGAGAUCAAUGCAUGGGUUGAACAGCAGACAGCAGGUAAAAUCCUCAGCC